CGCAUCCACCAGUGUGCCAGCGUCGAGAGUGUGUUAUAUAUCUACCCACCUGUUCUACCGAAUAGGUACCUUCCUCCAACCGCCAUCGCCCCUCGCUCGUUCGUCCAAAACCCGCCAACAUGAUCACCCGAUUCAUCACAGACGUCCGCGUCAAAUUUAAUCCCUUUUCUCCUCGAUCAAAGCCUGCUCGCAUUUUUCUGUCAUUAAUACCACCGAGUGCGCGCGCAGAGGGGAUGAAGAUCGAGUCCAAGAUCCUUCCACGGGCAAGCAAAGAGCCUUCAACGCUGGCUCUGAAGUUCAAGGAUGGAAAGGAGAUGAAUCUUGAAUUGGAUAAGAUGCGGAUACCCGAAGUCAUGGAGCAAGUGAAUCGACACUCACGUAUCCUUGCGCGGAAGGAGGAGCUCUCUGGCAACUGAAUGGAAAUUUGUGAUACCACGGGACGGAUAUGGGCUUGUAAAAUUACUGUAGUUGAUGAAAGCAUUCAAAUGGAGUCACGGCAUUGCAUGAAAAAUUUAAUUGGAUCCCAUAAAUCAUGGUCUUGGAUGAAUUUAUUCUAUCUCUGCCGUGGUUGGGUUUGUUCAAAAGAAGGCGACAUGUUCAUUUUCUGUCUACGACUUUUGGGCUGCCUUGCAGCGCGCUUACUGUCUGGGGAAUCUCCGCCGAUUUUGCGUACAUCUUCGUUUCCAUCUCCUAGUUGGAAGGAGCACCAGAGAUGAAGAACCACUUGUCGAUGCUGGGGUCGAUGGGAGCGGGGCUCCUGUUCUCGCCCUGGGGAAUGUUGAGCUGAGUGGUAUCGGUACGUUCAGGAGAGUGAGAGAUGGUG